GGCGGGCGGGGCGGGCAUCCCGCGGCCGGCGCAGCCUCGCGGAGUCCCAAGGCGGGCCGCGGUCGGGAGAUCGGGCAGCCGCAGACGGACUGUUCCGGGCUGGAAAAUCUCUCCAAGGUGCCCAUUCCAGAAUUUGUGCUCUUAGUUAAAUUCUUCCUGAAGUCUGCCCUAAAGCUCUUCUCCGCUCUUUGCUUACGUCCCGGCUGGAGCCUUUACUUGGUGCCUGUAUCAACCCCUCCAUGUGUCCACGAGAGCAGAAAAGCAGCAGGGUGGGCAGAAGCCCAGAGCUGUUGGCCCCUGCAGAACCUGGAACAGAAGAGGCCACCUCCCUGAGGCACCACGCCCAGAGGAUCAAGCUGCAUGAUCCCAGAUUCCUCAGGCUCUUAGAAGACCAGCAGGAUGUCUGUGAGAGCUAAGAACCACAGGCCCCUGACUGCCCCUUCUCCCCUCUGAAGAUGACGACGGUGCUACUCUUCUCCUUGGUCAGCUGCCUGCUUGCCAUACACCAGGCCAAUUUAAUCACCUGCUGUGACUUGGCCAAGGUGCUGCACCAGGAAGACCUGGAUGGGUUUGAGGGCUACUCCGUGAGUGACUGGCUGUGCCUAGCUUUUGUGGAAAGUAACUUCAACAUAUCAAAGGUAUAUGAAAAUACGGAUGGCAGCUUUGACUAUGGCAUCUUCCAGAUCAACAGCCACUACUGGUGCAACGAUAACCGAAGUCACUCAGAAAACAUUUGCCGCAUGGAAUGCCAAGAACUGAUGAGCCCCAAUCUCCUCUCGACCAUCAACUGUGCAAAAAAGAUUGUGUCUGGAGCAGGGGGGAUGAACAACUGGGUAAACUGGAAGCUGCACUGUUCAGGCCGGCCACUCUCCUAUUAGAUGACAGGAUGUCACCUGGAAUGAGAUGGGGGGCAGGCCUGCUGUGGGGUCAUUCCAGAACUCUUCCUCACUUGGGAAUUCUUCAUUUCUUCUUCCCCUUGCCUCCAUUUCAUGUUAUUUUCUUCCCUUCCCAUUUAUAAAUAAAACUGACCAGAGGCCCAGGAAUAGAUGGUUUUCUAGGGCUUCUGUCUUGUUUCUAUCCAGGCACAGGCCCAGGCCCCUGGUUCCUGACUGUCAUUUGCAAAGCAGGAGGGCUACAAUGAAGAAAUCUCUAUAUUUUGGGAAUUAUUAAAGGAUUACUUGUGC